AUGAUAUUGCGGGCAUCGGCAGAGCCGCCACAAACGUUUUACUCGCGGGCAAGCGUGACGCGUGCUGGGGCACCGAGCGCUCGGUCACUUCUUUCGCAAUCACGCACCCAAAGUGCGCCCCCGCCCCAUCUACCAAAGCCUCAAACUCGUCGGGUGCAAUCCUUGUCACGCGAGGGACAGUCCUCCGAUCGGCUCGUGCCGGAAGCGCCUCACCGGCCAAGCAUCCCGGUGGGCUGCCAUCAAGUGUUACCGGACGGUCGGAUCGCUCUCGGAGUGCCGGCUCAGCCUCAGCCAUCGAACCACCUGCCGGUCGUCAGCGACGCACCAUUUUGCUCCGACUGUGACAGCCACAUCGUUGGUGUAUUCGUGCGUAUAAAGGACAAGAACUUACACGUUGAGUGCUUCAAAUGCUCAACUUGUGGAUCGUCGCUAAAGAACCAGGGUUAUUACAACCUGAAUGGCAAACUCUACUGCGACAUUCACGCUAAGCUCGUGGCUCGCCAAAACCCACCGGCCCCGAACUUGGAGCCUGUUACCGUAGCACCUGGUGGACGCAUCCCAACGAACCCGUACACAACGCCAUUGCCUCCGCUAUCCACAGGCAACUACACCAAUGGGUCUUCAUCAUUGUUUAGCCCCGGAAGUAACCUGUCUGGUCCGAAGCCAUUCGGUUCAUCAAUCGGGUCGGCAUAUUCGCCAUCUCUUUCCCCCCGAUCGGCCCCGAUGUCUCCCGCGCGUCCCGUGGUAGCGCCCGCGCAUACUCCGGCGCCGGCCGCACCACUCUCUGCUCCCUUCGCACCGAACAAAAACGUUAAAAGCAUUGUGUGGCCCCCACCGAACCCCCCAGAAGACGAUACACCUUUACAAACUUCUUCAGAAUAUGCUCCCAGUAAUCCCACUGGAGAUCCCGCUUCCAUUACAACGGGCACAUUGUUAAAGAAAGCUACUGAAUCUAAAGUAGAGAAAGAUCAAAUUGUAUCAGGUGACCAAUUUAUAUCAACAUCACAAGAAAAUGCAUUUUCUUCUUCUGUCUCAUUUUCAUCCGCUUCGAUGUCUACCGCAAUAGCAGAUUCAUCAUUUACCAAAUCAUCUAUCCAAAGUGAAGAAUCACAAGUAGCGAAAGAAUUUUCUUCGUGCACCGUUCAAUCAUUUUCGGAACAAGCGUCAUCUGAAGGACGGACCUACAUGGCAUAUCAGACUCAACCAUCGGAAUUUCAAUCAAUUGGCACCAAUGAAACCAAACUUAUGGAAAAGUCAAUGCAUGAAACGAAAGGAUACAGUUCAAAUGAGAAAUCGACUAUCAAGGCAUUCCCAUCAACAUUGGAUGCAGCUCAUUCUAGCAAUUCAUAUUCCUACGAGACCCAACCACAAAUUUCACAAAACAGAGGCCAAUUCAAUUAUAACAAUACUGAAACACAGAAUACUUUAACAAAUCUCAGUGAUAACAUUUCACAUACAAAACCGCAGAACAUAUCUACACCAAGUCAUGGAAAUCAAGGUAAGGGUGGUUCUUUGCAAUCUACUGGCAAUAGUUCGAAAGUAUCGCAAAAAGAUACGAUUUCUCAAAGUUUUCAAACCUCUAAACCAGGUCAAGUAAAGCCUUCUAUGUCUAGGCCGACCAAUAAAAAAACUAAAACACCAACUUCAACCUCUGAAAAGAAGUCCGAUAUAUCCCCGAUGGUGGCGGCUCUGACCACAAUGCCUGAUAGACCUUUUACACCUGUUAGUAAUAUAUGUAAAGUGGACAAUACUUUGUUAAAUGAUACUGAUGUUACUUCUUCUCUUUCUAUGUGUGAUAGUUAUUCGAGAGAUUUUCAUUCAAUGUCUUCCCAACAACUUAUUCCACAAUCAGUACUUAAUGAAUUCGAAACCAAAGACAUAGAACGCUUUAAUACAAGUACGAAUAAUACUUGUAACAAUUUGCAAACAAGUUCUCAAGUUUCUGCUUUUCGACCAGUUGGUCAAUAUUCAUCGCAACAAUUGAAUUUUACGUCUGUAAAUGAUAGUAGCAUUAACACUCAAUCUAUGUCAUCCAAUUCACAAUCUGCUACAACUUGUGCAUCAUCUAGCUCAACGCAUACAACCCAAAGCUAUUUCGAACAAUUAGACCAAAAACAGACCUCAUUAUCGACCACAGUCUCAUCAAAACUAUCGACACUUCCAGGUGAUAUACCAGUAAAUAAAACCAAAAUUAUAAACAAGCCCCAAUUUCAACAGGAUUUACCUUCCUCUCCAAAUGCUUUCGGUGUUUCACAAGAAACGUUUAUUCCUGUAGUGAAUCCCGCAAACAGAAAUACGUCUCAACAAAAUGACUCUCCUACUAUUGUAGCUCCUGCGCCAUUACAUCCUUUGAAAAGAGAACAAGAUAUUAAGAUGUCAGUUAGCGAAUCGCCCCAAACGUUAAAAAGUAAGAUCACACCUAUUUCUAUGGUUUCUCAACCUGUUUCAGAUGAAAAUACCAUAAGAACAUCACCACCUCGAAGUCGACCUUCGACUCCAAGCCUUAUAAAUAAACCUGCACCUAUAAUACCUCGGUAUCAGAUGAACUUAGUUACUAUGGAACAUUAUGCACCAGAAAGUCAUACAUAUCAGCCGCCUGGAGGAGAAGGCAGUCGUACACCUACUCCUAAGCCAAGAUCGCGAACACCGGCUCAAGGGCCUUCUUCCAAAGCCCAAGCCCCACGUAUUAAAGAUUAUUCUCAAAGUAAUUUCGGCCAAAGUGAAACUUUCUCACACCAACUACCAUCUACUUUUCAAAGAGAUCUUUACCCAGUUCAGACACAACCAGCCUAUUAUGAAAAUAGACCUCCAUUGGUUCAGGAAGAAAAUCGAUCAAACUUUGAAAGACAGUCUGAAAGUUAUAACAAAGGAGACAUGUCCGUAAAGCAGGAUACUAUGAUGAACCAAAAUUAUGGACAAAGACAGAUGGAGUCACAGAAUGUGGCAGAAUAUGGGCAUACGACAGUGCAGACCACUAGAAAAACCUUUGAAGAAUACGAAAGCGCUCAAACUGCUAAAAUGAUAGAAAUCAAAAAAGGUGGCUUCGCGUCUUCUGAUUCAUAUCAACCAAUAGAGGCUUUUGAUCGUCCAUCUGCUAUUAACUUUAAGCAAACUUUACCUUCACCUGCCAUGAGUUUUUCGCCUUCUACACAAAAUUUCUCUUCUAAUAUUACUAAUGAAAAUGUGGAUACCACUAGACAAACUCAUACAAGUACGUUUGAAAUGAGUCCUUCAAUUUCUGGUGCUAACCGAGGUCCAGUGUGUGAUCCUACCCCAUCAACAGGUUCCAGUGUAGGGGCUGCCGCUCGUGGCAAAACUUUUGGCGUGUCAUCGGCUCCAAAAAGGGGGAGGGGAGUUUUGAACAAAGCUGUGCUACCAGGAUCUCGCGUUCCUCUUUGCGGUUCUUGCAACGGAAACGUUAGGGGCCCAUUCAUAACGGCCUUGGGUCGCAUCUGGUGUCCUGAACACUUCAUCUGCGUGAACGCGACAUGUCGCCGUCCCUUGCAGGACAUUGGAUUUGUCGAAGAAAACGGUCAAUUGUACUGCGAGUUCUGUUUCGAACAAUAUAUAGCCCCGGCUUGCGACAAGUGCCAUGCUAAGAUUAAGGAGGAUUGCCUCAAUGCUAUUGGAAAACAUUUCCAUCCCGAGUGUUUCAGCUGCGUGUACUGCGGGAAGCUUUUCGGGAACAAUCCAUUCUUCUUAGAAGACGGUUUACCUUACUGUGAGGCAGACUGGAAUGAGUUAUUCACGACGAAAUGUUUCGCGUGCGGUUUCCCAGUGGAGGCCGGCGACAGGUGGGUGGAGGCGCUCAACAAUAACUACCACAGUCAGUGCUUCAACUGCACGGUGUGCAAAAAGAAUCUCGAAGGACAGAGUUUCUUCGCCAGGGGAGGAAGACCUUUCUGCAGGGUUCACGCCCGCUAG